AUGCAAAGUACUCACUUCUUUUCAGGUGACAACUCAGAUGAGGAAGAUUGUGGGGAAUACCGAUGCCCACCAGGGAAAUGGCACUGUAAUGGCACAGGACAUUGCAUCGAUGAAAUCAAACUUUGCGACGGCGUCAAAGAUUGCGCUGAUGGAGCCGAUGAAGAGCAUUGCUCGCAAAAUCUGUGCCCAUCUCUGGGAUGUCAAGCUGGAUGUCACGCAUCACCACAUGGAGGAGUUUGUACUUGCCCGAACGGCUAUAGGCUUGAUGAGCGAUUUCAUAGGACGUGCUCGGACAUCAACGAAUGCGCUGAAUUUGGUUAUUGCGAUCAACUUUGUGCCAAUCAUCGUCCAGGUUUCACAUGCUCAUGCAUAGGAGAAUGCUAUACUCUUAUGAUGCUUCACGGCCCAGGACAAGAUAAUCUGACCACUCGCGGCUAUUGUAUCUCACAAAAUGCGGAGAAAAUGAAGCUUUUCGUUGCCAGGAGAGAAGGGCUCUAUAAACUGGAACCAAACGGGCCUAAUGCUGAGCCAAAGCGACUAGCAUCGGGAGAGUUCAUUUAUGGUAUAGAUUUUGACUACGGCGAUCGUAAGGUAUUUUGGACCGAUCGACUAUCACAUUCCGCAUUUAGCGCUGAUGUUGAUGAGGAGGGAGAUAUCUCACAUAUCAAGAAACUCGGCUUGAAAUCGCUGGUCUAUCCUCGGUCUUUGGCUGUGGAUUGGAUCACCAAUACGCUGUACAUCAUCGAGUCCGGUGAGUGA